AAAGGGAAGGAGAGCACCGGGAACCUGAGGGACGCGAGGGAAUCGUCCGGAAGUCCGGGAAGGCUCCUGAAGCAAAAGGCCGGUCGCCUUUUCGGGAGCAGACCAGCGUCCUGAGCAAGGCCAGCAGACGCCUCCCCGGAGUCCGGACCUGCGCGAGGGGCGGGCUCCUCCGGCGGAAGCUGUAUCCAGCAUGCUGCAAGGCUACAGCUCCGUGUUCCAGGCCUUGCUGGGGACCUUCUUUACCUGGGCAAUGACCGCUGCCGGAGCAGCUCUUGUGUUCGUAUUCUCCAGUGGGCAGAGGCGGAUCUUAGACGGAAGUCUGGGCUUUGCUGCAGGGGUCAUGUUAGCGGCUUCCUAUUGGUCUCUGCUAGCACCAGCGGUUGAGAUGGCCACGUCCUCAGGGGGCUUCGGUGCCUUUGCCUUCUUCCCCGUGGCUGUUGGCUUCACUCUGGGGGCGGCUUUCGUCUACCUGGCUGACCUCCUGAUGCCGCACUUGGGUGCUGCGGACGAUCCCCAGACGGCCCUGGCCCUGAACUUGGACCCUGCACUGAUGAAGAAGAAGUCUGAUCCCGAGGGCCCCGCCACACUGCUCUUCCCCGAGAGGGAACUUUCCAUCCGGAUAGGUAGCGCUGGGCUUCUUUCAGACAAGAAUGAGAAUGGCGAGGUAUACCAGAGGAAGAAGGUGGCCGUCGCUGGCCUCCCAGAGGGCACUGCCCCCUCAGGGGCUGUGCAAGGGAAUUCCGGGCAGCCUGGGGUGAGCAGCUGGAGAAGAAUCGCUCUGCUUAUCCUGGCCAUCACUAUACACAACAUUCCAGAGGGUCUCGCUGUCGGUGUAGGAUUUGGAGCUGUAGAAAAGACUGCAUCUGCCACCUUGGAGAGUGCCAGGAAUUUGGCCAUUGGAAUUGGGAUCCAGAAUUUCCCUGAGGGCCUGGCUGUCAGCCUCCCUCUGCGUGGAGCCGGCUUCUCUACCUGGAGAGCCUUCUGGUAUGGACAGCUGAGCGGCAUGGUGGAGCCCUUGGCUGGGGUCUUUGGAGCCUUUGCCGUGGUGCUGGCCGAGCCUGUCCUGCCCUAUGCGCUGGCCUUUGCUGCUGGUGCCAUGGUCUACGUGGUUAUGGAUGACAUCAUCCCCGAAGCCCAGAUGAGUGGCAACGGGAAGCUGGCCUCCUGGGCCUCCAUCCUGGGAUUCGUGGUGAUGAUGUCCCUGGAUGUGGGCCUCGGCUAGCUCCGACAACCCUGGGACCCGAGGAAGGAAAGUGCCGGAUUUCUGCAGGACCUCGAUCCUCUCUCUUCACCUUAACAUCCCAUCCCUUUCUCUCCUCUCUGCCUCCUACCCGGAUCAGCUCCAAUUAUGCUUUGAUUUUUCAUUUUGCUUUGGAGGGAGAAGCUGGUUUUCUUUGUAAUCUCAAGGUGUCAUAGGACUGUAGAUUUGUGUUUGGGCCACUGAGAGGAAGGAAUCUGUCUUCAGUAGGCUUGUCAAGGCCAGCCCCUACUGUCCCACCUCCAGCCCUCCUCACUAGACUCAACAUCAGCUCCUCAGGGUCACCUCCAGAAGUCAGCUCUUGGGACACGAGUCCUGAGCGUGUUGGCCUAGGGUCUUAGAUCAGGUGGCCAGAGCCCUGUGCUCUCUCAACCAUGGACCUUCUGUCCACCUAGAAUGCCAGGACAGACGCAUCACGAGCACAGAAGGCUGUUCUCCAAGGCUGAGCCAGCUCAAGCAGGGUCUGCUUCCUCCAGGGAGGCCGCACAGGACGGCCCCCACACAAAGGGCAGGGAGUCAGCUAGUCUUCUCUUUUGUCCUAAGGCAAAUAUUGGCAUUACUGAGGCUAGAGAAAUUUGGAAAUUAGGGUGACCGUGAGCACACACACAGUGUGCUCUGUGAAAAGCGGUGUGAGUAUGGUUUUGAGCUGAGCCUCUGGCAGGUCAGAAGAACAGAGUGAUUAGUCAUGGUUCCUAGAUCUCCCAGUUCUUAAUCCUGAUGUGUUUACAGCCCUUGUUUUUCCCCCUGAGAGACUUGUGGAUCCUAGCAAACUGCAAGUACUCAGUCCCUCCUUUACUAAUGGAGUUACUUAAGUUAGCUCCAGGGGAUAAGUGACCUUUAGAGCCAGCUAAGGCUCUUUCUCUGUUGGCCAUUUGGAAACAUAACCCACCCAGACCCCUGAGCUUUGGUAGGCUUUGUCGGAAUCUGGCCAGAGGGCUUCGAAUGAGAAAGCAGGAGGGGGCGGGGUAGGCAGGUGUAUUUUUACAUUUCCUUUCUUAGAAAACUUCCCAGUCUGAGGUGACCCUGAGGAAUGACUGGACCUAGACUAACCUGUUCCAUCAUACAUGUAGCUCCGCCAGUAGCUCUCACAACACACCUGAGACCUGAGCCCUCCUUGAUCGGUAGUGUGUGUGGGACUCAGUGGACUCCACUUGGGAGCCAGGCGUUCGGGUACUGGGUUAUCAGGGUCUACUCUGUGUUUACAUGGUCCGUCCCUCCAAGAGUGAAUACCGUAGCCGCGAACGUUCAAGAUCUCAGAGGCCAGCCUCAGCUGGGAGUAUGUACGUUCUUCGGAAGCACUGGUGAUCAGAAUUGAAGGCACAUUCAGAGAUUUGGUUAGCUGAGGUUGGUUUGGUGAUUGGUAUAUGUGUCUAUUUUAGUCUUGUGUCUUGGUGUGUAGUUCUGUUACUGCAAAUCGUCCUUCCUGCUGGAUGAGACCUUGUGACUGUGAUUAAUAUCAAUAAAGGGAAUUUUGUCGUGC